CAUCGACCUUUGGGGUUAAGCCCAGAUCGUUGUAUUUCCUUUUUUGUUUUUGAGGAACAGUAUGGGUUAUAUUAUGUUAGUUUCCCUCAGAAUAUUUUUCAUCCUUUAGCAUUACAUUUGCUUGCAUUUAAUGAUACUAUUGUAAUUCUGAUAAUGUACAAUUUUCCAGGUGCUGUGUGUCGAAUUCCUGGUGUCGCUGGGGACAGCGGUUCUCACUAUUGUUGCCAUGCCAUUCUUCGGCAUUGUGACCAAUGUGACGAUGCUGAACAGCAUCAGCAUCCUGUCCUCCAUCUUCCAGGUGGGCGCUCAGUGCAUUGCGAGGGAGAGGAAGCGAUUCAUAGUGCCCCCACUCAUCUCAUUAGUCCUCAUACUGUCAGGCUACGUGCUCUUCAUCCUCAGUUACCUGCUGAAAGAAGAUAGGGGGAUGAACGUCUGGAUCGGAUUGGCAAUAAUGGGGACCAUCUUUGUCUCGCUGAACUGGUGGGAGAACUACAGCACCCUCUUCAAAAGCUCCUUCCUGAACAGUAUAUCUGAAGACAUAGCGAGGUGCAGGAAUGUGGUGAGCAUCCUCUCUAGUCUGGUCCGGAUUAUGGUCACUGCAGCCGUGGUCGGGGCAUACAUCCCUCUGUCUGGCAGAGUCUGGUCGUCGGUGACAUCAGUUCCAGGAGAUGUGAAGUUGGUGAUCCUGAUCUUGGUGGCCGUCCAGAUAGUGUCCUCCGCUCUGUGCCAUUGGUUCGUGGUGGUGGCUUGCAAAAUGCACGCCAUGCGGCGAAGCUUCCUGUUACCCAUGUACCUGGCUUCGUUAGGUGUUCUGGCAGCGUUCGUCGCUCCUGUCAUUAUCUUCUUCCAGAAUUCAAGUGACUCCAGAGGUGCUAACUACACCAUCACAGAGUACUGCAAUGAUAUCACAUAUGGCAGGGGCCUAAGCGGCGAUACUUUCUGGUUUGAGAGGCUAGUCAGGGACAUCACCCAUACCCUCUGUCCCCAGCACAUGACCGACCUAACAGAAAUGGGCCUCUUGGGAGGCUCUGCACUCUGCUGGUGGUUGGGUUGGAUGCUGUGCACAAUGCACAUCUGGUUCCUCCAGCUUCAGCGCAUCGAGAGGACACAGAAUCUGUUUGUGCGGAGGAUGUACGAGGGGCCCUUUCUGGAACAGUCCAUGCUGCUCAACACGCGUUUUGAGAUUCAGAGGAAGAAAACAAUGUAA